ACUCUUUGUUCUUUAGAACGAAACGUCAUUCCAGAUGCGAGAAAAUAACAAAGAUGGCUGAAGAACAGGAGGUGCGACAGAUAGAGCUACUGUGCAAACAGCUGUAUGACUCCCAGGAUCCUAUCAUCAGGGCUCAAGCUGAAAAGGCGGUGGUCGCUUUUCAGGAGUCUCCGGACACCCUAAGCAAGUGUCAAGCAUUGCUGGAGCGAGCUGACUCCAGCUACUCCCAGUUAUUGGCAGCGACUACCCUAGACAAGCUACUCAGCAGAUCAACGACCAGUCUGUCGGUGCAGCAGAGAUUAGAUAUUCGAAAUUAUGUUCUCAACUAUCUCGCUACAAGACCUAAACUGGCAACUUUCGUUGUACAGUCGCUGGUGUCCCUGUUCGCUCGCAUCACGAAGCUGGGAUGGUUCGACAUGGUCAAAGAGGAGUACGUCUUCAGGAACGUCAUGCACGAUGUCUCCAGCUUUCUGCAGGGUCCAGCGGAGAUGUGCACCAUCGGCGUGCAGCUACUGUGCCAGCUGGUGUCGGAGAUGAACCAGGUGACUGAUGAUGGCAGCCGCUCCCUCACCAAGCAUAGGAAGAUAGCAUCCUCAUUCAGAGACAACCAGCUGUUCGAGAUCUUCCGCGUGUCGUGCUCGCUGCUGGGCGCGCCGCUGCUGGGCGAGGCGCAGCAGCAGCUGCUGGCGGCGCUGCUGCGGCUGGCGCACGCCUGCCUCACCUUCGACUUCAUAGGAACCACCAGCGAUGACUCCGCUGAUGACCUCUGUACUGUACAGAUCCCUACAUCAUGGAGGCCGACGUUCCUAGAGCCGUCUACCCUGGGUCUGUUCUUCGAGCUGUAUCACUCCCUGGCCGGCUCACUGGCGGGGCUGGCGCUGGCCUGUCUUGUACAACUGGCUUCGGUGCGGCGAAGUCUCUUCAGUAAUAAUGAACGGGCAAAGUUCCUCAAUAGAUUAGCAGCUGGAGUACUGAGGAUAUUGGAUAAUACUCAGGUGUGGCAGUUCGCUCCCAACUCGGUGCACUAUUUGCUGUCAUUGUGGCAGCGGAUGGUGGCAUCGGUGCCAUAUGUAAAGGCGACUGAACCUCAUCGGCUGGAGCAGUACGCGCCGGGGGUCACUGCGGCGUACAUCACCUCCAGAUUAGACUCUGUUGCUGUUAUAGUCAGCGAGGGCGUGGAGGACCCGCUGGAGGAGGCGGGCACGGUGCAGCAGCAGCUGGAGCAGCUGGCGGUGAUCGGGCGCUGCGAGUACGGCAAGACGUGCCAGCUGCUGGUGGCGCACUUCGACCGCGCAGCUGCCGAGUACAGCGUGGAGCAGCGCCCGCAGCAGCUGCUGGUGCUGCAAGGUCAACUGAGCUGGUUGGUGUAUAUAAUCGGCGCGGCGAUCGGCGGCCGAGCGUCAGUGACGACGUGCGACGAGAACGACGCUAUGGAUGGAGAGCUGGUCUGCAGAGUGCUGCAGCUGAUGGACCUCACUGACUCCAGGCUCGCCAGGGGUGGAUGCGAGAAGCUGGAGUUGGCGAUGAUGUCAUUCUUCGAGCAGUUCCGCAAGAUCUACGUAGGGGAGCAGGUGCAGAAGAGCAGUAAGGUCUACCGCAGACUGAGCGAGGUCCUCGGCCUCGCUGAUGAGAGCCAGCUCCUCAGCGUGCUCAUGAGGAAAAUAAUAACGAAUUUAAAAUAUUGGGGCGGGUCUGAGCCGAUCAUCUCUAAGACCUUAGGUCUUCUGAGUGACCUGAGCGGAGGCUACGCGUGUGUGAGGAAGCUGGUGACGCUAGAGGAAGUCCAGUUUAUGCUGACACAUCAUACUGCGGAACACUUCCCAUUCCUUGGCAUCUCAGGAGUUGGGCCUUCGGAGAUGAGAUGCCGCACGAUGCUGUACACGGCGCUGGGCCGCCUGCUGAUGGUGGAGCUCGGCGAGGACGAGGAGAGGUUCCAUGCCUUCAUGAUGCCGCUCACAGCCGCUUUCGAGAGUAUAAUCGGUCUGCUGGGACCUCCUGAGAGUCCUUUGUUCGCGUCAGAGGAUGCCAAGAAGACGCUUAUAGGUCUAGCAAGAGAUCUACGAGGACUUGCAUUCGCCUUUAAUACGAAAACUACGUAUAUGAUGCUGUUUGACUGGAUUUACCCGGUGUACCUGAAGGUGGCGCUGCGCGGGCUGGAGGCGUGGUUCGCGCAGCCGGAGCUGAGCACGCCGCUGCUGAAGCUGGCGGCGGAGCUCGCACACAACAGGAACCAGCGCCUGCACUUCGACGUCUCCUCGCCCAACGGGAUACUGCUCUUCAGGGAGCUCUCCGCCUUCAUAUGUGCUUAUGGCAGCAGAAUAGUGACAAUAGAAGUGGGCAAGAAGGAUAUGUACGCAAUGAAAUUGAAAGGAAUAUCAGUAUGUUUUUGUAUACUGAAAGCUGCGCUCUGCGGGAACUACGCCAAUUUUGGUGUAUUCAGGUUAUAUGGCGACGAGGCGCUAGACAACGCAUUGAAUAUGUUCGUGAAACUGUUGCUUCAUAUACCGCAGAGCGAUUUGUUGGACUAUCCGAAGCUAUCGCAGACGUACUACGUGCUGCUAGAGAGGCUCGCACAGGACCACAUGCCGUUCCUCUCGUCGCUGCAACCGGAGGCUACGCUCUACAUACUCUCCUCUAUAUCUGAGGGUUUGACGGCGUUAGAUACGAGUGUUUGCACCGGAUGUUGCGCAACAUUGGAUCACAUAGUUACAUAUCUAUUUAAACAACUAGUACAGAAAACGAGCAACAAGGUGGGCAACCCGCGCCAGCCGCCGCCGGAGACCAGCAACAUGUUCGUGGAGGUGCUGCAGCGCAGGCCCGAGAUCAUGCAGCAGCUGCUCGCCACCGUGUUGAACGUGAUAAUGUUCGAGGAGUGCUGCAACCAGUGGUCGAUGUCCCGUCCCCUGCUGGGGCUGGUGCUGCUCAACGAGGAGCAGUUCUCCCGCCUGCGCGCGGAGCUGAUCGCGCGCCAGCCGCGCGACAAGCAGCCGCAGCUCGCGCACUGGUUCGCCAACCUCAUGGCCGGCAUCGAGCCCAACCUGCUCACCAAGAAUAGGGAUAGGUUCACACAGAACUUGUCAACGUUCCGUAGAGACAUCAACGAUCUACUGAAGGGCGCGAACGUGGCGCAGCAGAGUAAUGACAUGAUGACGUCAUAAUUUACAUACAUACAGUCACACAAAGAUAUCUAACCCAAUGUUUCGCUCUCAUAAAAUGACAUAUCGUCUCCGUAUGUGG